CACUCAAAUAAUAAUUGUACCUGAAUCACAAACUAGCAGACAAUUGGAGACUAGAAGGAUUAAAACUUCAAUCAAUACAGACAUUAAUAUGAAAACAAUUACCUCAAAUAAGCCCAUUAAUUCUUACAUAAAUAAUAAUUGUAUUUGAAUAAAAAAAACUAGCAGACAAUUGCGCCACCCAUGUUCAAAUUUACAAAAUACCCUACUGAAAAGAAAAACAAAACAUAUUGCAUAAAACAUGAAAUCCCACCCUCAUAAGACAAUUCAUUAUAGAAGAAACCAUAAAAUAAUUAGUAGAUACUUGGUUCCUGCAGAUCUGACUGUCGGUCAGUUUGUGUACGUGGUGCGAAAGAGGAUUGAACUCAGUCCUGAAAAGGCUAUCUUCAUUUUUGUGAAGAAUAUUUUGCCUCCCACUGCGGCUAUGAUGUCAGCAAUUUAUGAGGAAAAUAAGGAUGAAGAUGGUUUCCUUUACAUGAGCUACAGUGGCGAGAACACGUUUGGAUGACUUUAAGACAUGGGUGUGCAUAAGACCUGAAAAAGAUUAUAAAAAAAUGAAAAAGAAAUGAGACUUUAGAUCAGUUGUAAAUUCUCUGCAGACUCAGUGGUUUGAUAUUUUCUAUGUCAAUGAUGAUCAGUGCAGAUAAUUCUUGUAUAGUCAA